UUUUUAUCGACCGUAAGAGCCACACUAUAAAUUUAAACAAGUAGCAUCAGAUUCAGUGGUGAGUGAUAGAUACAGGGCGAUAGCUUCUAUUCUAAUUUUUCUUUUUCUAUGGCCCUGUUUUCGUAUUCCUCUAUCUCCUGAUCAGUUAUUAUUACAUUUCUUGUUUUUAUUUUGAUCUGUUCAAGAUUUUGAUAUUUAAUAACAGACCACUCUAAGUACAUCCCUCAAUUCAUCUCUCUCUCACCUACUCCCUGUAUCUUGCCUUCGCUUUCACCACUAAGGAGUUCUGAUCGACCCAGAAAAAGAAAGAAAAAGAAAAUGGCAACAGCAGCACAGCUUCGCUGCUCUGUAUUUGCAAGCCAAGAUUCAACUUCAUCGAAGUCUUUUUUAAAGAAUUACAGUCUCUCGAAUCCUUCGAUUGCUUUCCCAUUUUCCAAUGCUCAGAACCCUUCUCUUCGCCUUAUUCCUCAUCCAAAACUGUCCGAUCAUGAGCUUUCUCACGGAGGAGGAAAUGGAAGCAGUGGCAUCGGUCGUGGCUAUGGUGGCGGCGGGGAUGGUGGUAGUGGAGGAGAUAGUUCAUCAUCGUCAUCAUCAUUCGGAGGAUUUGGGAUUCUGGGUCUUUUUUUAAACGGAUGGAGGAGCAGAGUAGCUGCAGAUCCGCAGUUUCCUUUUAAGGUUUUGAUGGAGGAAUUAGUUGGUGUAUCUGCUUGUGUUCUUGGUGACAUGGCUUCUCGCCCCAAUUUUGGACUUAAUGAGUUAGACUUUGUUUUUUCAACUCUUGUUGUUGGUUCUAUUUUGAAUUUCACUCUCAUGUAUCUUUUAGCACCAACUGCAUCUGCUGCGAGUGCUACUCUACCUGCGAUCUUUGCAAAUUGUCCGGCUAGUCAUAUGUUUGAGCCGGGUGCUUUUACGCUUAUGAAUAGACUCGGCACUGCUGUGUACAAAGGCACAAUCUUUGCAGCUGUUGGUUUUGCUGCAGGGCUAGUAGGAACUGCAUUAUCAAAUGGGUUGAUUACAAUGAGGAAGAAGAUGGAUCCAACUUUUGAAACGCCCAACAAGCCUCCACCAACAAUUCUAAAUGCAGUGACUUGGGCGUUGCAUAUGGGUAUUAGUAGUAACUUGAGAUAUCAAACACUUAAUGGAGUUGAGUUUGUGCUGGAGAAGGGGCUACCUCCUUUGGCUUUUAAGAGCUCUGUUGUGGUUCUCAGGUGCUUGAAUAAUGUUCUUGGUGGAAUGUCUUUUGUUAUAUUGGCAAGGUUGACAGGGUCGCAGAGUGUCGCAGAAGCGAAGCCUGUUUUGGCGGAGAAGGAAAAGUUGCUAGAUGAUGCAGAGGAGUUGCAGAGCAAUCAGUCGACUUUCAAGUGAUCUGAAAACAUCUUUCUAUAUGUAUAUGUAAUAAAAAAAAAUCAGAUCAUGAUAUCAGUCUUGGUUUUAGGCGUUUUCUUUUGCUUUUAUAACUUUAAUUCUAAAAGCUUGAGAUUAGGUGUUUU